UUCCAGCCCCGCCCCUCCUCCCGGCAUUCCCCGCGCCCGGCCGCUCUGUCUCCGGUUCCGGUGGGGGAGGAAGAAGCGGCUGAUCCCGGGAGAGGGGGGAGGAGGGUGAGAAACCCCCCGAGGGGGACUUUUUCUGCUCCCCCGAACCCGAUAAUACCCCUACCAGGGUCUCCACAUGAAUUAUGAACAUUGACAGCACCCUGGAAGGGUUCCUUAAAUGUGGGCACGCCGCCAUCCUGCAUCCUUCCAGGCCGGGGGAAGCUGAGCGGUCCUGCACCCCGCUGUCACAGACGAGCUCCACCCUCGGCGUGGCCCAGGGACGCGGGGAUAUGAUGUCACAGGACGAGCUGAUGGUGCAGGAGGAGACGGUGAAGAAUGACGAGGAGGAGGAGAGGCUGCUGCCCCCCGCCUUCCAGUACACGGUUCACGUGAAGCAAGAGAUCAAGUUCACGGAAGACGUGGAUUCCCGCCUGACGGGCGGCAUGCAGCUUCCGGAGCCGGUGGAUCUUCAGAAAAAGAAGAAGCGAAAACAGCGUUCUCCGGCCAAGAUCCUGACCAUCAACGAGGACGGUUCCCUGGGACUGAAAAUCCCCAAGUGUCACGUGUGCGAGCAUUGCAACGCGGCCUUCAGAACCAACUACCACCUGCAGAGACACGUCUUCAUCCAUACAGGUGAGAAGCCGUUCCAGUGCGCUCAGUGUGACAUGCGUUUCAUCCAGAAGUAUCUGCUGCAGCGGCAUGAGAAGAUUCACACAGGAGAGAAGCCUUUCCACUGCGAUGAGUGCGGCAUGCGCUUCAUCCAGAAAUAUCACAUGGAGAGACACAAGAGGACGCACAGCGGAGAGAAACCGUACCAGUGCGAGUACUGCCUGCAGUAUUUCUCGAGGACAGAUCGAGUCCUGAAGCACAAGCGCAUGUGCCACGAGAACCGAGAGCGGAAGGUGGGCAAAAGUGGCUGCAAGUCCGGCCUGUUAUCCCCGGACGGCGAUGUUUUCUCCGCCCUGGCCAAAGAAGGAGCGCUACCGAAGAAGAAACCGAGGACAGACAAGGUGAAGCUGCUGGGGCUGAGCGAGAAGGAUGGCGCCCCGGAAAAGGCGGAGCAGCAGAAGGCGGCGGCGGCGACGUUCCUGCCCCUGUACCCCAACAGCAGUACCAAAGUGAAAGAUGAGUACAUGGUGACGGAAUACUCGGUAGAGAUGCCUCAUCCCUCCAUCAGCGACCUGCACCUCCAGGAAGACGUGUCUGCGGCUAUCAGCCCCCCGAAGCUGCUGAUCAAGAAAGUGAGCAGCAAGAAGAGCGUGAAAAGUGCGUUGGAGCAGAGCCAGGCGCUGGAGCAAAGCCACGCGCUGGAGCAGAGCCAGGCCAUGGCCGCACUCGCCGCUUUUGACGACGGCAAAGUCUCCAAGUAUACGUUCGAGCUGGUGGACAAACAGGCAAUGCUCGACUCCGGAAGCAAUUCAGACAUGGACCACGGCGACCCGACGCAGGAGGGCAACGCCAAACCGGCCAACAGCUACGACGAAGCAAUGCAGUUCUCCAAGAAGAAGCGCUACCUGCUGGCCGCUUCCGGCAACAGCAGCAGCAGCCGCGAAUACGCCCUGAACGUGGGCACCAUGGCCUCCCAGCCGUCGGCCACACAGGCGGCCGUGGCCAGCGUCAUGGACGAGAGUAGCGCGGCCGCCCUCUUGGAUCCCCAGGCACUGAGCGUAGACAUUAAGGCAAACCACGACAAGAGCGUGAUUCCGGACGAAGUGCUCCAGACGCUGCUGGACCAUUAUUCGCACAAAGCCAACGGGCAGCACGAGAUCUCCUUCAGCGUGGGAGACGCAGAAGUCACUUCCAGCAUCUCCAUCAACUCCUCCGAGGUGGGGGAGAGCAGCCAGCCGGAGAACCUCGCGGCCGCCGCGCAGGUCUCGCAGUCCGACAAGGCCAGCAUGCUGCAGGAGUAUUCCAAGUUCUUGCAGCAGGCUCUGGAACGGACCAGCCAAAACGACGCCUAUCUGAACAAUACGAGCCUCAACUUCGUGGCAGACGGCCAGGCUCUGUCCAGCGCGGCCGCCUUCCCUGCGCUGGACAAGCACGUCUACACCACGCUGCCCAUCACCACGUACCGGGCAAGCAUGGCCGCCCCGCUGAGGGCGUCGCCUGACAAAUCUCACUUUGGACUUAUAGUGACCGAUGCCCAGAACUCCUUCAGCUUUGCAGCGGGCGAUGGCGGUCACGGCUCCCCCGCACCUUCGUCGUCGGCGCAGGACUUCAUCGAUCAAGUGACGGCUCAGAAGAAGCCGGAGACUCAGGCGGUCCACCAGGCCUACCAUUUCUGCUUGUACCGGCACCUUACCCUAGUGACAGGCGGGACUCCCAUAGAAAUGUCUGCGGGGGAGUCGGCCGGACAGAACACGUCCUCCAUCUUCUUAAAGUGA